CGCUACCCAGCGAAUCAAGUCAUUCCUUCAGAGUCGAAGUGCCAUCAAGGAGACGAGACAAGGAAUUCUGAAGUAGGAAUCCAGUGCUAAUCAUCAUCAGACCAGAUUAGCUCAUCAUUAUUCUCAAGAAAGAGUACUGAGUGAAUUUUGCGUCUCAGAUCAGCCAGGCAGCAGCUUUAUCAGUCUCAAUCAAACAUCCCAACAUUAGAGAAGAAUGGCCAAGCAGAAAAUUAUGAUGGGAUUCUGUCUGCUUUUUGCAGCCAUCUGUAACUCCGCGUCAAGUGAUGAAUGGAAGGCCACUGUUGUAAAAAGCAUUGAUGCUCUGGUUGGAUCCUGUGUUGUGGUACCAUGUUUAUUCUCCCAUACUGGAGGAAACCUGCCCACGUCCAGACUCAGAGGAAUCUGGCAUGAAAAAAAUGACAAAAAAAUAAACAUCUAUCAAGAGGAUUAUACACUGAUUAAGGACAGCUUUAAGGGCCGAACAAGGCUGGUGGGAGAGCUGGGUCAGAACAACUGCACCUUAGAAAUAACUGGAGUUAAAGAUCAUGACAACGGCCCUUUCUGUUUCCGGGUUGAACUAGUGCAAACAGAAAACAAUGACCCCACCAAGGACAUGUUCUCCUUUGUUGAAGACUGCGUUGAGUUGAACAUGAUCACUGAGCCUCCAAAGCCUACAUUGAUCCAACCAAAGACAGCCACUCAAGGAGAGCCCUACACUGUCACCUGUUCAGUCAUCCACACCUGCCCCACUCAUGUUCCUAAACUCACAUGGAAUCUGGAUAGUACAAAGGUCAUUGUGCAUCAUAAAGAUAUUAAACAUGGAAACUGGGAGACACAGUCCAUCCUGACAUUCAUUCCUGAGGAGAAGGAUGACAACAGCGAGAUAACCUGCACUGCUGAAUUUAAUGGAGGGCAAACAUCACCUGAAACUUUCACACUCCAUGUAAAACGUGUAGAGAACUAUAAUCACAUCAUCAUUCCCUCUGUGGUGGGGAUUGGUACCACUGUGGCCUUUGUACUCGCCUGCAUUUUCAUGACUAAAAAAUACAAGAAACGCAUUGAAGAGCUUCAAAGUCGAGAUGGCAGCAUGUGGAAUCGGCUGUCGAGGAUGUCUCGCAGGAUUCGUUCUGGAGCAGGACCAUCUCGUUCGGAUCAAAGGUCUAUUUGGAGCAGAUUUUCAAGAAGGCCUAAAGGGGACAUAGUAGAUUUUGGUCAUAGUCCAAACAAUGUGAAUUCGAAAUCCUGUGAUAACCAGAAAGUCACAAAACCUCGUUUCCCAUCUCCCAAAAGCCAGCCCAAAUCUUACAAUUACAAAGAGGACCCUGAUGAAGGUGAUGACUACAUUAAUACUGCAGACCUCAACAUCUAUGGAAACAUCUGAAAAACAAACAAAAAAAGAAGAAUAAAAGCCAGCAAUUAAUGUUCUAAUAAAUUUAAACAAGUAUAAAACAAAUCUAUGUGCACUCUUUAUGAUCACUUAUCCUUGGGAUUUCUCGUGCAUGUUUCUUGUGAUGAUGUCUUCUGUCCAUUAAUUACUAUAAUCCUGUAAUUUAUGUUUGUGUGGUGUAACAAAUGCUUGUAUCCAUAAUUCUGCAAAAUAAUAUUUGUAAAAAUGCUACUCAUGUUUUGGCUGAAUAAAUCAACAUGAACCUUUUUUUUAAA